AUGUGCGUAAGCGCUUGGAGGGGUCAUUCACGCGCACGCACGUGAGUAAGCGGUGAACGCGCCCCUUGCUUGUGGAAGGUGAGCGGGCGGGUGUCUCGAGCAGAGGGCUCGAGAGCGCGACCGCCGGGGUCCGAUCGGAUUAAACUCGAAUCGAGUGAAAUGAGCACAAAGGCGAGAUAGUGCGCGAGGACGGGACACGGAGAAGCCAAAAGUACGGGCACCAACUGGUAUUGGAUUUAUAACAGAAGACUAUCCGGCUUUAUUAACUAACAAAAAGAAUAUAUCGCUGGAAAUAUAUUACUUUAAUUGAGACAGUCCCUAAACUGACCUAGCCAACUACUCGGGGUUCUGCAGCUGCAUCAGUGGAGAUGGAGUGAGGUGCCUGAGAUUAGCUGGAGGAUUAGAGGCUCUCAGGGGGGACGUGCCCCUCGCCAAAGGCCCCGAUUGGCUGGCCGGCGUGCCCCAGGGGUGGAGCUGCCAUGACCGACCAGGGGAUGCUGAGCCUGUUUGGGGAGGACGGGGCCCUGUUUUCUGAAGGGCUAGGAGACCUCGGGGAGUGCGGGUACCCCGACGGCCAGCAGAUGGCGAUGGAGCAGGGCUACGGGUCCCUGCAGCAGAACCUCCCGGAGCUGGGGCAGUUCCACCACUACGGCCAGUACGAGCAGCCAGGGGGCGCCAUGCUGGGGACCCAGCAGUACCACCCCUCGGCCCCGCCCCCGGCCCCGCCCUCGGCUCCGCCCAUGUCUCAGCCGCACGCCGGCUACCCCAACAUGCAGGGGGAGAGGCAGGGCCAGCCUUUUAUGGGCGGCAGCACCAUGUGGGGCCCCGGGGCCACACCCACGCAGGCCCCCGGGCCCCACGUCCCCAUGCAGCCCAUGGGGGUGUACGCAGGGGGAGUCGGGGGGGAGUACUCCCAGCAGAAUCUGCCCCGGGGCGGCCCGCCGCCCCCCAGCCGUUUUGCGGGCCACGUGGCCCCCCAGCAGGGCUCCAGAAUGGCGGGGCCGCCCAUGCGCCACCCAGUGCAGCAGCAGCAGCAGCCACGCCCGCGCCACCACCCCGCCCCGGGACAGUUCCACCCGGAGCCUGUGGCGCACGGGCGCUGCUUCUCCCCAAACACGCAGCCGCACCCCCAGCCCCACCCCCUGCACCAGCAGAGCAUGGGCUUCAGUCCCCACGGGCAGCCUGUUCCCCUUAACGUUCCAAAUGGCUCCGCUCGCUUCCCUUCCUACCCCAGCCCCAAUCAGGGCUCACCCAGCGGCGUGGGGGCGGGGCCUAACGCCAUGCAGGCGCAGGGAUACGCCGGUGCCGCCGACUUCUUGCCCCUGGGAGGGCCCCCGGGACCCGUACCCCCCCACCAGCAGCACCAGCAGCCCCUGCAUGGGCCCCAAAUGGGCCCCGCCCACAACCACCAGCAGCAGCACCCGGCUCCGCCCCCCCAAAUCUCCUAUGGCCCGGGACCCCCCAUGUCCCCGAUGAAGGCCGUCCCUAACCCCACGGGUGCCCCCACUGCCCCGCCCCAGCAGGGUGUUGCCAUGGGAACGGGCGUGGAGGUGGGCGGGUACCCCGGCGUGCCUCUCCAGCCCCAGGGGGCGGUGGGCGUGUCCCAGUCCCAGCAGCCCCUCCCCCCUCAGCCUUACGGGGGCCUGCCUCAGUGCCAGCCAUCCCACAAUCCCUUGCAGCAGGGACAGAGGAUGCCGUUCCGCCAGCUGCAGCCGACGCCGUCAUCGCAGCCUCACGUGGCUCCGCCCCCUCACCAGCAGCCUUGGGCACAGCCACACCCCCUGCUUCCGGUCACCCACAAAGUGCCUGUCACUCAGCCUUCUCUGUUGGAUCCGCCUCCCGAGACCCCCGCCGCACCGCUGACCUCUGACCCCGGGGGCGCGGACCAGAAGCCCAAAAAGAAGAAGCAGAAGAAGAAGAAGGAGAAAGCGAAAGCCGAUGAGGAGGAGGAGGGGAAGAAGAAGGAGCCGGACGCUGUGAACGGACCCGAGGAAGAGGCUUCCUCUGGGGCCAAAAAGAAAAAGACCAAAGCCAAGGACCAGGGCACCCCCAAAACGCCCAAAGCCCCCAAAACACCCAAAACGCCCAAGACACCUAAAACUCCCAAAGAGCCAAAGGAGAAGAAGGUGAAGACACCCAAGACUACAGCCCCCAAGAAGCCCAGCGUUAAGAAGACGAGCCCAGAGACCGACACUGUGGCUAAAAAAGAAGCGAAGCGGAAGAGAGAGUCCAGCGAGCACUCGGAUGCGGAAGAAAGGAUUCCCCCGGCUUCUCCGGAGGAGGAAGAGGAGGACGGGGGCACGCAGAAGAGACGGUCCAGUCGGCAGGUGAAGCGGAAGCGCUACACGGAGGAGCUGGAGUUCCGAAUCUCAGACGACGAGGGCGACAGGAGAGAGGGGGGCAAACGAGCGGCUCAGUCUGAUCAGCAGGCUGCUGGUGCAGACGGUCCUGUUGUGGAGAAGAUCAUGGCUGUUCGGCUGGGGAAGAAAGAGAACGAGUGUGGGGAAGAAGUGGAAGUGGAGGAAUUUUAUGUCAAAUUCAAAGCCCUCUCCUAUCUGCACUGUCGCUGGGCAGACAUGGAGGAGCUGGAAAAGGACAAGCGGAUCCAGCAGAAGGUCAAGCGGUUCAAGGCGAAGCAGUCGCUCAACAGCUUCCUGAGCGAGAUGGAUGAGGAGCCCUUCAACCCAGAUUAUGUGGAAGUGGAUCGCAUCCUGGACAUUUCUGAGAGCACUGAUGAAGACGGAGAGCCCGUCACUCAUUACCUGGUGAAGUGGUGCUCCCUGCCCUACGAGGACAGCACCUGGGAGCUGAAGGCCGACGUGGACCCGGGGAAGAUCCAGGAGUUCCAGCGGCUAGCGGCGCGGGAGCCCCAGCUGGAGAGAGUGGAACGCCCCCCUGCAGAUGAUUGGCAGGAGCUGAAGACCUCCAGGGACUACCAGAACGGCAACAAACUCAGGGAGUACCAGCUGGAAGGAGUCAACUGGCUGUUCUUCAACUGGUACAACACACGUAACUGCAUACUGGCGGACGAGAUGGGCCUGGGGAAGACCAUCCAGUCCAUCACCUUCCUGUACGAGAUGUUCCUGAAGGGCGUGGGCGGGCCCUUCCUGGUCAUCGCCCCCCUCUCCACCAUCCCAAACUGGGAGCGGGAGUUCCGCACCUGGACCGACCUCAACGUGGUGGUGUACCACGGGAGCCAGGCCAGCCGCCGCACCAUCCAGGCCUACGAGAUGAGCUUCAGGGACCCGCAGGGCGCUGUGAUAAAGGGAGCGUAUAAGUUCCACGCGCUCAUCACCACGUUUGAGAUGAUCCUGACGGACUGCCCGGAGCUGCGGUCCGUGGGCUGGCGCUGUGUGGUCAUCGACGAGGCGCACAGGCUCAAGAACAGGAACUGCAAACUGCUGGAGGGGCUCAAGAUGAUGGACAUGGAGCACAAAGUCCUCCUCACCGGCACGCCCCUGCAGAACACCGUGGAGGAGCUCUUCAGCCUGCUCAACUUCCUCGAGCCCCAGCGCUUUCCCUCCGAGGCCACCUUCAUGCAGGAGUUCGGAGACCUGAAGACCGAGGAGCAGGUGCAGCAGCUGCAGGCCAUCCUGAAGCCCAUGAUGCUGCGCAGGCUGAAGGAGGACGUGGAGAAGAACCUGGCGCCCAAGGAGGAGACCAUCAUCGAGGUGGAGCUCACCAACGUCCAGAAGAAGUACUACCGCGCCAUCCUGGAGAAGAACUUCGCCUUCCUGUCCAAGGGGGGCUCAGGAGGAGGAGGAGGAGGCGGCGGCGGCGGGGGCAACGGCAACGUCCCAAACCUGCUGAACACUAUGAUGGAACUGAGAAAGUGCUGCAACCACCCCUACCUCAUUAAUGGAGCGGAGGAGAAGAUCGUGGAGGAGUUCCGGGAGACGCACCCCUGCGAGGGCCCCGAGCUGGCGCUGCAGGCCAUGGUGCAGGCGGCGGGGAAGCUGGUGCUCAUCGACAAGCUGCUGCCCAAGCUGAAGGCCGGCGGCCACCGCGUGCUCAUCUUCUCCCAGAUGGUGCGCUGCCUGGACAUCCUGGAGGACUACCUCAUCCAGAAACGGUACUCGUACGAGCGCAUCGACGGCAGGGUGCGGGGCAACCUGCGGCAGGCCGCCAUCGACCGCUUCUCGCGCCCGGACUCGGACCGCUUCGUCUUCCUGCUGUGCACGCGGGCGGGGGGGCUGGGCAUCAACCUGACCGCCGCCGACACCUGCGUCAUCUUCGACUCGGACUGGAACCCGCAGAACGACCUGCAGGCCCAGGCCCGGUGCCACAGGAUCGGACAGAGCAAGGCGGUGAAGAUCUACCGGCUGAUCACCAGGAACUCGUACGAGAGGGAGAUGUUCGACAAGGCCAGCCUGAAGCUGGGCCUGGACAAGGCCGUGCUGCAGUCCAUGAGCGGCCGGGAGAACGUGGCUAACGGGGUCCAGCAGCUCUCCAAGAAGGAGAUCGAGGACCUCCUCCGGAAGGGGGCGUACGGGGCUCUGAUGGAGGCCGAGGACGAGGGCUCCAAAUUCUGCGAGGAGGACAUCGAUCAGAUCCUGCAGCGGCGCACGCAGACCAUCACCAUCGAGUGCGACGGCAAAGGGUCCACCUUCGCCAAGGCCAGCUUCGUCUCCUCUGGAAACAGGACGGACAUCUCCCUGGAGGACCCUGAUUUCUGGCAGAAGUGGGCGAAGAAGGCUGAGCUGGACAUGAGCGUGAUAAACAGACGGAACACGCUGGUGAUCGACACGCCCAGGGUGCGCAAGCAGACCCGCCACUUCAGCGCCGCCAAGGAGGACGACCUGCUGGAGUUCUCCGACCUGGAGAGCGACUCGGAGGACACGCCCACCCCGCGCACCCGCCGGCCCCAGGACCGCGCCCACGGCUACCCCCGCAGCGCCUGCUUCAGGGUGGAGAAGAACCUGCUGGUGUACGGGUGAGUGGGCGGGGCAUGGUCAGUGGUGGGUGGAGAAGGGCGGGGCUUGAAUAAGGGCUGUUGAUGGAUGAAACCCAUCUGCCCAACAGAUUCUAUGUUCUGUCCCUUAAUGAAAACCUCUAAAUCGAAUUCAACUUCAAUUCAAGCCCUGCCUGAUGACAUAACCCCACCCCUGUUCCCCUAAGCCCUGCCCACUGCCCUAAACUCCGCCUCUGUGCCCUCAGGCCUGUCGGCUCCCGUUCCUCGUGGGCGUAAGGGGAAGAAGGGGAAGGCUCAGGGGGCCCAGCCCUUCCUGCAGCAGGCCGACUGGCUGGCCCACUGCAACCCCAACACCCUGCUGCAGGAGGACAGCUACAAGAAGCACCUGAAGCACCACUGCAACAAAGUGCUGCUGAGGGUUCGGAUGCUGUACUACCUGAAGCAGGAAGUCAUCGGCAGCCAGGCGGACAGGAUCCUGGAGGGAGCGGAUUCCAGUGAAAUAGACAUCUGGAUCCCGCAGCCUUUCCUGGCUGAGAUGCCCUGCGAUUGGUGGGACAGGGAGGCGGACAAGUCCCUGCUCAUCGGUGUCUUCAAACACGGCUAUGAGAAGUACAACUCCAUGCGCGCGGACCCCGCCCUGCACUUCCUGGAGAAGGCGGGCUCGCCGGACCCCAAAGCCGUCGCCGCUGAGCAAGGGGGCGCGGACCUGGCGACGGACGGCGUCGAGGGGGGAGAUCUGGACAGAGAAGAUGAAGAUCCUGAGUACAAACCGGCCAGGAUGGCUUUUAAGGAGGAAAUGGAGGAAUGUACUAACUCCUCCUUGGGUGAUGAAGACACUACAGGGGCUGAAUCUCUGGGGGGGAGGUCCGGCGAGCAGGGCGCUCAGGGGAAGCUGCGCUGGCCCAGCACCUCGGCGCUGACGGGCCGGCUGCGCAGGCUGAUCGCAGCGUACCAGCGCAGCCACAAGAGGGAGCAGCAGCGCCAGGAGGCCCUGCUCAUGCUCCAGGCGCACAGACGCCACCCCCAGGAGGCCGCCUGGGCCGUGGCCCCCCAGAGAGAGGCCGCCGCCCCCGACAGGCGCCAGAGGUGGACGCGGAGGGAGGAGGCGGAUUUCUACCGCGUGGUGUCCACCUUCGGCGUGCUGCGCGACGGCCAGCGCUUCGACUGGAGGCACUUCCGCACCUUCGCCCGGCUCGACCGCCGCACCGACCUGCAGCUGGAGGGCUACUUCCUGUCCUUCGUGGCCAUGUGCCGACGCGUGUGUCACCUGCCCCUCCGGCCCGAGGACGAGACGCUGGACCCCACGGUGUGGGUGGAGCCCAUCACGGCGGAGCGGGCCUCGCGCACCAUGUACCGCAUCGAGCUGCUGCGGCGCAUCCGGGAGCAGGUGCUGCCGCACGCCGGCCUGGCCGAGGGCCUCCGGCUGUGCCAGCCCAGCGCCGACCUGCCCGAGUGGUGGGAGUGCGGCCGCCACGACCGCGAGCUGCUGCUGGGCGCCUCCAAGCACGGCCUCAGCCGCACCGACUACCACAUCUUCAACGACCCCGAGCUGGGCUUCCUGGAGGCGCACAGGAAGUUCACCCAGCCGCCCGCCCCGGCCGCCGCCGCCCCCGCCCCCGCCUCGGCGCUCAAAGAGGAGCAGGCCGCACCCAAACCGCACCCACCGAAGGUGGAGGACGGCUGCGGCCAAGCUGAGGAGAAGCCGGAGACUGCCUCUCUCAAAGAGGAGGAGCAGAGAGAGGAGGCGGAGACCAGCUUGAAGGAGAGGCCUGGCAGCGGAGAGAGCAAAUCUGAGGGAGAGGAGGCGGAGCCUAAAGCUGAGGAAGAAAAGAAGGUGCCUAAAGCUGAGGAGCAAGAGGAGGAGCCUAAACCUGAGAAACAGGAGACUGGACUGAAAGCUGAAAGAGAGGAGGUGGAGCCUAAAGCUGAAGGAGAGAAGGCGGAGCCUAAAGCUGAAGGAGAGGAGGCGGAGCCUAAAGCUGAAGGAGAAGAGGCGGAGCCUAAAGCUGAGGGAGAAGAGGCGGAACCUAAAGUUGAAUCCAAGCCGCUGUCUGAGAAAGGAUCUGAAGAUGACGACGAAGACAAAAUGGAGGAAGACUAUAAAUCUGAGUCCUCUCAGGCUGAAGCGAGCGCGGCCUCUCAGGACAAGGCCUUUGACGAGGAGAGCAACGCGUCCCUGAGCACGGCGCUGGACGAGACCCGCGACGGAUUCCCCUCUGAAGACGCUCCCGUGGUCUACGACCGGGCCUUCUCCUUCUGCCACUGGCCCAAGGACCGCGUGGUGAUCGACCGGCUGGACGUCGUCUGCGAGACGGUGCUGAAAGGGAAGUGGCCCGCCAACAGGCGCCAGCUCUUCGACUUCCCCCCGGCGCAGUUGCCUGGAUACGCAGCCAGCGCCGCGGGGAGCCCCGUGCCGCGGGGAUUCGGCGAGCUCGCCGCAGCGGGACAGGCCAGCCACAGCGGCAGCGAGGAGAGCUCCCUGCCCCCACAGGACGAGGCCGCAGGCGCGGGGUUCCUCCCAUCCCAGCGCCGCGGGUGGAGGAAGGUGGAGGCGGAGGCGGAGCGUGUGGCCAAGCGCAGGCACCUCAUGGACAUGGUGGCCCAGCUGAGGGAGUCUCACGGCCACGCCCACGCCGGGGCCCAGUCCACCGCGCACCCGUCCCCCGCGUUCUCCCUGCCCGCGUCCUCCGCCCCCCGCGACGGGCGGAGGAGGCGGGCCGAGUCGCCCUGCGCCACCCCCCCGAACGGGGCCUUCCUGGAGGACGACCUGCCGAUGAAGAGGAGGAGGGGCCGGAGGAAGAACGUGGAGGGGCUGGACAUGCUGUUCGCCAGGCACAGGAAGGCCGCGCCCAGCGCCGAGGAUUCGGAAAUGACCAAAGCUUUCCUGGACGGGGUGCAGAUGCCCCCACAGACGCGGCGAAACAUUCCUUCCCUGGCGGGACAGGACCCCAAGAAUCCGGUUACCCUGGACAACUUGGUGGACAGAAACGGGAUGCUUGGAGGAGGCGCCCUCAGCAACAAGAACCUGGCAGAAUGGCUGGGACGACACCCCUCCUACGCCCCCGACACGCCGAGCUAUUCACCAAAGAGGGAGGAGCUUCCCCUCUCGCCGUUCCACACCCCGAAGCAGAAGAGGCACCGCUGCCGCAACCCCAGCAAGAUCGACGUCAACACCCUGACCGGGGAGGAGAGGGUGCCCGUCGUCAACCGCAGGAGUGGCAGGAAGUUGGGUGGGUCAUUCGCCCCGCCGAUGAAGGACUUGCCUCGGUGGCUGAAGGAAAACCCGGAGUUCGCCGUCUCUCCGGACUGGACCGACAUCGUCAAGCAGUCAGGCUUCCUCCCAGAGGCCAUGUUCGGAGGGCUUCUGACGGGGCCCGUGGUGAGAGAGGAGGGGGUGUGCCGGCGCGGGCGGAGACCGAAGAGCGAGGGGGCGCGGGGUGCCGCCUCGGUGGCGGCCCCUCCCCCCGCGGGGCUGAACCCCCUGCUGAUGGGCGGGCUGAUGGGGGGCCUGCAGAGCCUGCAGCUGGCCGGGCUCAUGGGCUUCCCCUCGGGGGACCCCAAACAGGCCGCCGCCCUGCUGCCCCUCAUGCUCCCCAACAUGCUGGGCCUGGGCGGGCUGUUCGGUAACCUGGCGACCGCCGCAGGCUCCGCCCCCGCCGCCCAGGGCGAGCCCGAGGCCACGCCCAAGAAGGAAGAUGAAGAGGAGGAUGAGGAGGAGGGGGAGGCAGAAGAGGGGAGCACCGCCGAGGCAGAGGGCGGAGCCGCCGCGAACGCCAUCUCCGCCGCCAUGGCCGGCAUGUCCGCCAACCCCCUGGCCUUCAACCCCUUCCUGCUGUCCGCCAUGGCGCCCGGGCUCUUCUACCCCUCCAUGUUCCUGCCCCCCGGCCUGGGCAACAUGGGUAACAUGGGUAACCUGGGCAACCUGGCCAACUUGAGUAACCUGGGUAAUCUGGGCAAUCUGGGUAACCUGGCCAACCUGAGUAACCUAGGUAACCUGGCCAACCUGAGUAACCUGGGUAACCUGGGUAACCUGGGCAGCCUGGGCCUGGCCGGCCUGCCCCAGGCCCUGGCUGGGCUGCAGGGCGCCAUGGCGGGGGCCGGGGUGGAGAACGCCGCGGGCUCCUCCACGGAGAGCAACGCCGAGAACGGCACAGACGACUGCUCGGGCUCGGGCGCCGAGAACGACACAGGCAGCAGCACAGAGAGCAGCCCGGAGGCCAGCGCAGGCAACCCCGCGGGCCCCAGCACAGGCUCCAGCACAGGCAACCCCGCGGGCUCCAGCGCGGCUGACAGCAAGGGGAACCCAGCGGGCUCCAGCGCAGACGACGGCACAGGAAACGACGGCAAAGGAAACAGCGGAGAGAGCGACGCGGGCGCGGCGGCUGCAGACGAGGAGGAAGGCCCCGCCCAGCCCGAGACGGACGGCGCGGCGGCGUCCGCCGGAGACCAGAGCGCGGACUAGGCCCCGGAGAACCACGCCUGCCCCGCCCAGCCGAACAAGACCCAAUCACUACUGUGGACACGACACUGUUAAAGCCUUCUCCUUCUCACUCUGUUAUUUUCAGUUUUUUCCCCAAAGCAAACUGAACUGCCUGAGCAAAAAGCCACUGUCAUACACUGUAGCAUAAGGUGCAUCACUGGCGUCGCGGGGACGCCGGGAAGCAGUCGCCGUGGAUACGAAGGGCCCGCUUUGUCCGGUCCUGCAUAUGAACCACAGAGAGGCGACUGAACUGCUGAAAGAGGGCUUUAGGGAGGAGUACCCCGGCCUCGCUGCUUUCCACCGAGCUCCUCCUCCUCCCGUAGAGGGAGCCCCCGACUCUCUGUCCGUCAGAAGCAGAGGGUCGAGCGAGAUGUGUGUAUUUAAACUUCUCCUUUUUAAUUCCCCCUGUCGAGUUGUGUUUGUGUGCUGUUCUGUUCUGCUGUUCUUUAUUUUUUUUCAGGAUGAACGUCUGAGGCGCGUCUCUCUCUCUCACAGUGCUCAGGCUCCCCUCCAGUUUCCCACAAUCCCCUCUGCCCUGUGGAAACAGCAAUAAAGGAGUACAGUUAUUCAGGCAGCUGCUGAAUGUCCCACUGGCCUCAGGGCUUCUCAUUGGGACAUUGACCAAGAAAUCUGAAAAACGGGGAGGGGGGGUACAGUCAGUUUGUCUCAUGAUAAUGUCGUUUAUGCACUGGUAAUAACUAUUGAUGAAAAAAUCAGGUACAUUUAUCUAUUUGAAAGGACAUUUUUUUGUUACUCUAGCCACAAAGAUGCACAGCAUUACCUCAACUUUAAACUAGCCUUGAAGUUUACAGACGUGACUUUUAUUUUGGUUUUUUGUGGAAGGGGUCAGGAUUUGAUUUUGUCUUUCAUGUUUUUUUCUGAAACCGUUUUGUAUGAUAAACUGUAAAAUGCUGUAGUAAUGUUGCUACUUUUAAUAAAAAGUCACACAUCGUAUACAUCUAGGAUACCAAA